GCUUCGCCUUCCAACGGCUUGGAGGGAGGGUUCGACGUUUUUCCCAAGAACGAGGAAUCAAUCUUGGUCCAAGAAGACUUAGAUCAGUUUAGAAUUUUAUAUCAUAUUCCCCCCUAGCUUUUCUUUGGAGCUGCCCUAGCCCCGAUGACGAGAAAUGAAGAUUGACGUUGCACUAUUAGAGAAGGCUGCCGCUCAAAAGAAGAAGGCCGCUUUGACUGGAAGCGAGCCUUCACUGAAGAGGGUUGAGACAACAUCAGCUUUGGCUCCUCCAAAGCCUCUGACUAGAGUCACUCCGGCCCCAUCAAAGGGACCGAACUUAGAAGAUGCUCCUCGAGUUGGCAUCCAGCCCAACCCCAAGGUGGACAGUGUCCCCCCCCCCCCCCUCUUCUCGUUGCUGGACACCCCGAUUUCUCCUCAGCUGUCAUCACUGGCCAGGGUUUCUCCUCAACCGUCAUCCUCUGCCUUGGUCUCUCCUGAACCCGAGUCAGAUAUUUACAUUCCAAAGUGGUCAGUGAAGGCCUCCGACUCAGGAAUAAAUAAUGCUCAAGUGGCGAAGGAAUUGGCUUGUGCACUCAUGCUCCCCGAAGACCAAAAGGCAUUCAGAAAGUGGCAGGUCGACGAGCUAGUUGACGACGCCUACGAGUCCGUCAUCCGGCAUGCCAACACCAUCUGCCUCAUGCACAAUGCGCUGACGACACUAAGUCGUCUGGUAACAAAGACUGAGGAGGAGCUGAAGGUCGUCAAGCACAGGUCCGCCGAGAUCGAAGCAAAAUUGAAGGCCGACCUGCAGGAGACGGGGGAGAAAUUGAAGGCAGCGGCCGAGAAGUUGGAAGUGAUGGAGGCUCGGGUUGCAGCGGCAGAGUCUACAGCUGAAACAGCAGAACUCUGUUUAAUUGAGGCCAAGAAGAGAAUCCAAGCGGCCGAGCAGCGAGCAGCUGUGGUUGAGGAAAAGGCUACUCGAGCUGAAGAAAAGACUCCCCGAGCCAUGGAAAUUUACCUCGCCUCAGAAGAGUUCAAGCAGGAGAUCGCCAAAGGAGCUGCCCACUCUUUCAUGCGGGUCUUCCAGGACUGCCAAGCUCAAGUAAAAAGACUUCUCCUGGAAGCCGAUCUAAGUAGCCUGCUGGCGACAACAACGACGCUGCCCCUUCAUCCACUGAUGGUUAGGCUUCGCAAGCCUUUUUGAUUUUUGAUGGCCUUUUGUAAUGUUUUUGUCUUGUAAGCUCGGUCAUUUAUACGACGAGCUGAAUGUAAAGAACAAUAAUAUUGAUGAAAACCUUUUUG